AUGGAGUCCGUACGCCAGUCUUGUCGCCCGCGGCACCAGGUCUUGACGCUCAAAUGCUUUCCUAAAUACCAAAAGGGCGUGCCGGAGGUCAAGCCGAACCCGAGUGAACUCUCAUACCUGCUAUAUUAUGCCAGCACGCGUCGCAGCAAGCUGACAAAGGUCGGCGCUUUCCUGGAGAAGAGGGUGGCCAAAGAUGUCUGGAGGCGCCGGUUGGGAAAUGUUCAGGUUGCGCUUCAUAUUCUGACCGCGCUCAUCGAGAAAGUUCCUCGCGAGUUGCCCAUCUACGCCCGCUACGUCCUAUCCGUCAUCGACACCGUUUUGCGAUCCAACGACAUCUCUAUGGUGGAAGAUUCGAUCGCGACCUUUGAGACAUUCUGCUACCACCAGGACAUUGCAAUCAUCUCGGCAGAACAAGGUCUCGCCAAGAAGUACCGCGAAGUCAUUCGAACCUACGCCAGCUUCGCCGACCCAUCCUCCCAGUCCUACUCGUCAGCCAAACUCAGCCCUCCGCUCGCCAUUCGAUGGAGAAAUGCCGGACUUCGCGCGAUCAAGGCUGUUGUCAGUUCCGAGAGUUUGGCCGCGGAUGGGGGGACCUCCCUCAACAUCAUCCUCCCAGUCAUUCUUGAGAACCUGUACUCCCCGAACGAAGACGUUCUCAUCCCAUUGAAGGCAAAGCUUCGUGAGACGGAUGAUGGCGAUCGGGAUGCAGCCCGGCUGCUGCGACGGUCGAGCGUUGCAACGGUAAACACUGUUGACACUGCGGAGGGCGACCCUGAAUUGGCCGCGCAGUCGACAGCCGACGCGGACCGACAAGCCGAGAUGGAUGCGCGACUCUUGGCUCUCCGUUGUCUGGAGCAGAUCAUCGUAUCGGGAAGCAAUCGCGGCCAAAUCCGCAUCGCAGCGACUGUUAUCCUGCGAUUCAUCGCCAACAAACGGUUCCCGCGCACCGCGACUCGUGAUCAGUCCAGCGGAAUGAGCCAGCAAGAUGGAAAUUGGGCGACUUCUCUGAUCGAGCUCAUCGCGACUUGGUGCCCGGUGCAGGUCCGGUUCGUGAUUCUAAUGAUGGCCAUGGAUAUCUUGCACGAGACACCCCCCAAGGAAGAUGCGUUGGAGUCAUCAUUCGUUAUUCUCUCUGUGGUGGAUUGGCUGUUGAAAUCCCCGGUCAACAUGAUCGGCCUAAGCGUGAUGGAUAUCUUGCUCGGGCUCAUGCGGUACAUUUCGGACCUCUUAUCGCCUACGGACAGAAUCGACGGUGAUGCUGAAAAGAGUGCGGAUCAAAUUGCCAAUAGCGCAGUAUUCAUCUCUCCCCGGAGACGUGCUCUUCUUUCCCUUCUGGAGCAGUGCAUUGGAAACCUAGCGACUCACAACUAUUAUGGCGAUCAAGUUGCAGACAUGAUGCGUGCGAUCCUUCAUCGUUUCAAGCCCGCCCCCAACCACGAGAGUGCUGCACAAUCUUCCUUGGCCACGGUUCACGAGACUCGAGCAGUCUCGAUGGCCCCGCAGAACACUGAGGCUGAACAGACCAAUGGAGAGAAGGCUCCAGGCGAGACCUUUUUUCACGCAGCUGCCAAGUUGACUGCUCUCAAAGCCGUCAAGGCUAUCCUCAUUGUGGCUAAUCUCAGAGCGCCAGCGUCUAUCAAGGGUUCGGAAUCGAGAAACCAGGUUGGCAUUCACGUCUGGGAAGGGACACAGGGCCUCCUUCGGGAUUCCGAUCAGGAAGUUCGUCACGCUUACGCUGACGCUUUCUUGUCCUGGUUGCAACUGGAGACGAAUAAGCAAGACCUCAAGGUCCGACUGGAUACCCCCAAAUACGUGAAGCCCGCAUCAAAACGCGAUUCAGAAGCGUUGGAUAAGACUUCCAGUCGACGGAGUACCUCGGCCCCCGGAAAUCAGAGAGAGAAGGCGGUUCUAGCCGCGCAGACCAAUUUCCUUCGCCUGCUGCACUUGGAUAUCUAUGAUGCUGUGCUCGACAGACCCGGAGUGGGAUCCGAAGUGCUUGUUCUGCACCUUCUUUUGGCAAGUCUAGUAGAAAAUCUCGGUGUGAAUGCGGCUCAGUUUGGGCUCCCCAUGGUCUUGAAGUUGCAAGACGAUUUGUUCACGUCGGUCGACUUAGGAUCCUCUGCCGCUCGCGUCAAUGUUGGAAGCUUGGUCCAUGGGUAUCUUUUGGCUCUUGCAGAAAAGUUUAACCUCGAAUCCACCCACCCUGGACUGGAGAUUCGCAACGAGAUUGAAAAGCGGCAGAGCAAGGGACAGUGGUUCUCUAGGAUCAAGUUGCCCCCAACUGGCCUUGAUGGCAUUGCUUUGGAUGAGAAGGUCAUGGAGGAUGACUCCACUCAGUCAAUCACGCUCACACCCUUCCGAAACGUUGACGGUCUGGUGAAUGAUAUCGAUGAAGCGUACCGCCAGACAAUCUCAUCCCCUCCGCAGAGUCCGCCAACCUCCCCGGCUCGUGGAUUCAACUUCCCGGUCUUGAAUCAUACCCAAGCAUCAAAGCAAUCGCGGCAAGAGAAUGGACUCCCAUCCCCCGUCAAGGAACAGAUGCUGUCCUCUUGGUCUCGUGAGUUGUGCUUGGCUGCAAUUGAGAAAGAAAGCAUCAGAACUGCUUCCCUCACCGGUUCUCGUGGUGGCACUAUGACUCGCAACAGUCACUUCAACGGCAUAACGAAUGGCUCGCCCGUUGGUUCAGCCACUGAUAAAAACCGCCCCGUGAGUGUUCCAGAUAUCUCGUAUACUCCGGAGCCGAGCUCGGGCAGAGGAUCCCCUGUCCGUGUCACCGAGUUGCGCCGUGCGCUCUCCGUCAACACCGAGUCUCAUCUUCGGCGACGUAGCCCUCUACGCGGCCAAGUUGAUCCUUCGAAUAUCAGUGUCAUUUCUUCUGGAAGCGAGAGCAUGGUCAGCGGUGCCUAUUCUGUCUCGGAGAUGGAGCCGGAUGCCAUCUCGACUCUGGAAGGUGAAGGUCAACGGACGCCCGAAGAUGGCGGAGCUGAGACCCCUCGCGCAAAUGCGUCGGCCGUCGCUCUUUCGGAAGACAAGCCAUCGACGGAUCAAGGUCAGGAUUCAACGAUGAGCCGAACAAAUUCCCAAGAAAUCCCCCCGGUCCCUCCGAUUCCCGCUGGAUUGGCCAUUCCUGGUGGCUUCCCCAACGACUCGCAGAGGUCCUUGGUGUCCGAUCGUCCAUAUACGGCACCGGGUAACUCUCGACAGGCGAUGAAGAGCGCCUCGAAGUCGGAGUCAUCCCAGGCCCGUCGGAAUGGGAAGGCACUGAACCGCAAUAAGAGUCGUUCGAGCAAUAACCUCUCUUACGGAUAUUCUGAUGGGUUCUACAGCGCCGGGCCCAACGAGUCUGACUCUCCUCUUGAUAAUGCCCAACGAGAUCAACUGAGGAAACUUCUCGAUGGGUUCCUCUCCCCCGAGGACGGCAUCGUCACCAAUGGUGACCGCCCAUCCACCGCGGUCCCGGCAUCGAAGAACUCUCUCACCGAAAGUUAUUCGAGCCGGCGCCAAGUCAGCGGUGGUGGUCUCGGCCGACCCCCAUACUAA